AUGGCGGAUCACCCGGCGCGCUCCUCCCGGCCCGAUCAGGCGAAGGACGGCCACGCCCACAGCUUCUCCCUCCACAAGUUCUGGUUGUAUGAGACCCGAUCGGUAAGCAAAAGCGAUGGACGAUCAUCUCAUACUUGGGCAAUUAGAUAGAACCCACCCCCCCUUUUGUCCAUAGCUCUUACCUCACCCUUUUCCUCGCCUAAAUCAUUUCCGUUCCUGUUUAUCUUCGAAUAUCUGCUAUCUCUGCACACAUCUUUUGAUCACUCUUUUUCUUUUUUUCCUGCCGCUGGGUUCUCAAAUUCCAAAAACCCAAUCAAAAACAUAUUUUUCCUCCCUUAAAUUCCUCUGUUUCCUCCAUUCCCUUCGUUUAUCUCCAAUGCUUCGUAAAAGGAGGGAGAAGAAGAAGAAGAAGGAGAAGAAGAAACUGGUUCUUUUGUUCUUCCAGGAUAUGCCACCCACAGAUCCGCCGCCUCUUCUCUUGCUUACUCUGCCGCUGCCUUGUCGCAGAAAUUCUACCUGAUAGGAAGAGACAAGAAGAAGACCCUAUGGAAGGUGCUAAAGAUCAACAGGACGGAGCCCUGCGAGCUGAACAUCCUCGAAGAUGCCUCCUCCUACUCUGAGAGCGAAUGCCAGGACUUCUUGAAUCGGAUAAAUGAGGGGAACAAGCCAACCGGCGGGCUUAGAUUUGUCACCAGCUGUUAUGGCAUCGUCGGUACGUAUACUACUUUCAUUUAUUAUCCCCCCAAGAGAAAUAAUUAUUGACGCAUAAUUUUCUGGGCAUUCUUUGCAGGGUUUGUCAAGUUCUUCGGACCUUACUAUAUGCUGCUUAUCACAAAGAGGAAGCAAAUCGGAGCCAUCUGCGGUCAUGCAGUUUAUGCCAUCACCAAGAGCGAGAUCUUCUCCCUUGGAAAUUCUUCUGUGUCACCGGAUGUGGUUAAUUGUAGAUACGAAAGCAGGUCCUUUGCCCACUCCAAAUGCAAAUGUAUAGUGUUAAUGGAUGUAGUAGAUAUCUGUGAUGUGCGAUUUCCAAGAUAGGCCCUGGGUUCUUCCUGAUCAUUCAUCUAUAUGAGCCAAAGAAAGAGCCUUUUAAAAGUCCAGAGUUAUCGAAGCUUCUGUGAUUGCAUUCUAGUUUCUUAGAUCAUCAUAGCAUAUGUUAUAAUACUUCUUUAAUUCAAAAAAAAAAUCAAAGAAUCUUCUUAUUCACGCAUGUUCAAAUUCCACUCAUUAUUUCAAUUAAAUCAUUUAAUAUGGAACUCAAAAUUUUAUUUUUCUCCGGUUUAUUCUAAACUGAAAUUGAGGAAUUUGGCAUUCACAACUGUCCCUCUUUUUUUCUUUUUUCUUUUUUUUUGAUUGCAUUCUAGAUACAAGAAGCUCUUCUGCUCAGUGGAUCUCACAAAGGACUUCUUCUUCAGCUACUCGUACCAUGUUAUGCACAGCCUGCAAAGUAACUUUUGUGACAGACAGAAUGGGGAGGCCAUGCAUGGCUCGAUGUUCGUCUGGAAUGAAUUCCUCACACGUGGAAUACGAAACCAUCUGAAAAACACUCUCUGGACCGUUGCUCUUGUGUACGGCUUCUUCAAGCAGGUGAAAUGCCGAUGAGUUAUCUUCUUCAAGGUUCUGAUACUGAAUGCAGCAAGUUUUUUCACUUUGUGAUGCAAAAACUUAUGGUUAAAUAGGCAGUCGGUUUCCCUUCUUUUUGUCCGUACACUGUUGAACCCAUGAUUUGGCUGAAUUCAAUGCUAAAACUGGGCAUUGCUUUCUCUUGCUUUUAUUCUCCUACCAAAUGCUGAUUAACAGUAGCACCCUUCGAAUGAAUCCCUCAUGAGCAAUGAAUUGUGGGUAUUUUGCGACGAGUAGAGGGCAUGGAGCGCUCACCCAUUAAGUUGUUGCUCGCACUCUCUCUUGGACCAAGAAAAACGGCAAUAGCCUUCAGUUUUCCUCUGAAGAAGAGAAUGGUGGGUAUAAAAGCACCAACAUGGCCAUUGGAUUCUACGAGUUGGAGGCUGGAAAACCAGUCAUAUUAUAGUGCUAAGUAUGCUUGCUGUAGACAGAAAGAAGGAACAAGAAUCAGCAAAGAUAUGUGCUCACUUGUCCCCCCAUGAGAGAGAACAUAAACAGUAGUCUAGAGAGGUGCCCAUGUAGCAGUUUUUAUUUAUCUCAGCCACCUCCCAUGAGAUGGGGCAAGGUGUUUCGCCUCAUCCUCCCCCUGUUUCUCUUCUGCCUGGGUUAGUGAGGCAAAAUGGCCUUGAUGGUGAUGAUAAUUCAGAGAGUGUACUGCUUGCUUUUGCUCAGUCUUUCUGAACUAUAUUUGACCGUGUAAAUUAAAAAUUUCCUGGUAAGCUUACAUUUCGAGGAGAAUAUCUCCCGAGAUUUAUUUUUCUACUCUGAUGCCCGAUGUUUUACAUUUUUCAUGCUGUGGCGUGUUGUUGUUCCUCCCUUCAGGCGAAGCUUUCUGUAUCUGGCAAAGACUUCCACUUGACUCUCAUUGCCAGGCGUUCCCGCCAUUAUGCAGGAACCAGGUCUAAUUACCCCUUUCAUAACUAUUUUUGUACAUUUUUCUCUCCCAUUUUACGCCAAGAUUUCAAUUCAGAACUCCCCCCCUUCCCCCCAAACCGCAGGUAUCUAAAACGCGGCGUGAAUGACAAAGGUAAAGUCGCAAAUGACGUCGAAACAGAACAGAUAGUGUUUGAAGAUGAAUGCCGCUGUGGGUGUCCAAUCCAGAUGAGCUCCGUUGUGCAGAACAGGGGUUCGAUACCUCUUUUCUGGUCGCAAGAAACCUCUCGGCUGAAUCUUAAACCUGAUAUCAUAUGUAGGUUCAUCUGCAGCCUUUAAUCAGGAUGCUCCUUAUUCGUGGGCUAACACCCCCCCCCAUAUUUCCUACGCUUUCAGUGCACAGGAAGGACAGGAAUUAUGAAGCUACUCGGCUCCACUUCGAGAAUCUUGUGAAGAGAUAUGGAAAUCCGAUAAUUAUUUUGAAUUUAAUCAAGGUAAUGUCCUGACUUGGCGCAAUCGUCUAUGCUCUAUUGGGCACGGCUGUAAUGAUCCAAGGUCCUGAAUUUAAUCAGCAUGAUGCUUGUUCAUAGAAACUCUGUGAACUGCUUGCUGCACCUCCCUGAUCCCUCGUUUCAUUUGAUGCAGACAAACGAGAAAAGGCCUCGAGAGUCUAUACUUCGUGCCGAAUUCGCCAAUGCGAUUGAUUUCAUCAAUAGAGAUUCGUCAGAUGAAACUUCCUUGAAAUUCUUACAUUGGGACCUUCACAAACAUUUCAGAAAGUAAUCUCUCCCUCUCUUCUAUGGAUUGUGAUCAGACACUGCGGCUCAGACCGUGUUCUCCUCUGGAAACUGUAUGGCUAUUCUUGGAGAUAUGAUUCUAACUUCGACGGAAUCACUUUUCCCCCAGGAAAACCACAAAUGUGCUGGGAUUUUUGGGCAGAGUAGCAGCCUGUGCGUUGACGUCGACGGGCUACUUUUACUGUCAAGUGAGCCCAUCUUCAACAACUGAGAACACCGCAGACUGGCCAUUUCUUGAGUGAGUGCCUACGUUUUUUUCAGAAUUUCUUGUAUUCUCCACACUACUUCACUACUUAGCCAGCUAUCUACAACAUACCGUAAUGCAGGAACGAUGAUGGGGAGGACUCAUCGUAUGUCUGUCUUAACCACAACGUUGCGGACGAUGUGACCACCUCAGGAUGUGGAGCUCUGGAAGACUGCAGCUCUCUCAACAAGGAUUCCUCAAAAUUUCCCAAGUUCCAGAGAGGUGUCCUUCGCACCAACUGCAUAGACUGCUUGGAUCGUACCAACGUAGCUCAAUACACCUAUGGCUUGGCUGCUUUGGGGCAUCAGCUUCACGAACUGGGUCUGAUUGAUACGCCCCAGAUUGAUCUGGAUACGCCCCUGGCAGAUACUUUGAUGAGUUUUUACGAGACAAUGGGUGAUACCCUUGCUUUGCAAUAUGGUGGAUCUGCAGCUCAUAACAAGGUAUAAUAUCUAUCGAGUGCACCUCGUUCUUCCUACCGCGGCCAUAAGUCUUCUGCUUAAUCUAGGAAUUGAGGUGCGGAUUAUGAGAGCCUGAUUCUCCAUUUUAUACAAAGAUGGUGACCAUUUGAUGAAGAAUUCUGACCAUCUGAACCAUCUUCCAGAGAGAUGGUCUGUUGAUUAUUCUCGUUGCCUUCCAGCCAACCAACUUUCUGGCAUAACAUCCAUGGUUUUGGUUUCCGGGAAUUUUUCACUAGAAAGCAUACUUCUUGUGCACAUCUUAGUUUUAGAGAACGGGCUUUAAUUGAAUUAGUACCGCCCUGUUUGGAUUUCCAGUGUUGCUAAGCGAUUUUUAAUGGAGAAGAAAGCCUUUCUUCUUUGCAUUUGGCGCUUCGUGUUACCUCGAAGGAUUCGUGCCAUAAUACUUCUCUUCUUAUCCGUUGGCCUGCAAGAUAUUUUCUCAUUAUUUUGGUCAGAACUGUGGUGCUCAUUGAUCUUGCCGCCGUACGCUUGUUGUUCUUCAUAGAUCUUUAGCCAAAGGAGAGGUCAAUGGAAGGUAACAAUCCAGUCUCAGGAGUUCUUCAGGACCCUGCAACGUUACUACAGCAAUGCUUACAUGGAUGCCGAGAAACAAGAUGCGAUAAACGUGUAGGGUUCCUUGCUCCUCCCCCUCCUGAUGAUCGGAUCUCCUUCGCCUGUUUCGUCCAAGUAAUGCCCGUCUUCUAUGCAUUUUCCAUUUCUUCAAGGCUAAGUCUUUCUUGUUCGUUUGCUGGCGUUUCUCCAGGUUCCUGGGCUACUUGCGACCUCUGCAUGGGAGGUCUUCCCUUUGGGACCUGGAUUCAGAUCACCAUUGGAAUCUUGAACGAUGCAAUCAUGGUUUUUCUGAUGCAAAAUUAUGGUAAUCGUGUUCCGGCAUCUCCAGCCUUAUUUUUCCAGUUUUUUUUGUCGGUGCUCGUCUUGUGGAGAUUCAUCAUUCAGCUUUUUCCACUCCAAUCCUUUGUGAAGAGUUGCGCUCUGAGACUAGGUUUGCAUUGACAUCUGGUUCGUUCUAAUUUGAAUAAGUUUCUAAGAAAACAAAGCCCAGUUAGCCAUAUUCCGGCUUUUUAAAAUCCAUCUGCGUGAAAUUCUACCCGAUUUCUUGCACUCGAACUGGAAUAAAAUGCAUAAAGAUGAAAACGUGUUGAGUCCGUGUGAUGAACAGGGGAGCAUAAGGAACAGAAAUGGUCUAUCUUUCUUCUUGAACAGAAAUGGUCUCCCAUCUUCUUCGAUUCAAUUUGCCUAAUCAUUUUUGCUUAUUCUGAGCUCGCUCAGCUCCCACCCAGUAAAGCGAAAUUUCUUUGCCCGAGGCCAAACAGAUAGCCCAGAGAAAUGAUCACCCACAUUAAUGAUGGCUCAUUGUCUUCCCAGGUCUGUUCUCGAAAGAUCCAUCUCGGAUGGCAAUAUUCAUUGUGAAAGCUGCAUAUUAGAAUCGAGCGCCGCCAUUAAUGGCGAGAAGCAGCUCACCGAGUCAGUGCAGCCGGCCAGAAUGUCUGAGGGCAGCGCCAUGGGGCUGUCUGUUUCAACCCCAGAAAUCUCAACUUGUGACAGCGACACAUCAUACUCCCGGUGAGCUAUUUCACGUUUAUGCCGCAUUUCAUUCUAUCUUCCCUCCUUUUUCCUUUUUUUUAUAAAUCUGUUAAUUUUUUCGAGGGAUUUCUUAGAUGCACUCCAUCAGAAGUCUGCCGGAGAGAGUUCAGAGACGGAGAGAGUCUUAGCCUGAUUGGGCACAGCGUUGACCCAUCGACCUUCUCGAACUUUUUGGAUCUCGAGUGGCUCUCGACGUCCGAGAGUUCAGCGGAGGAAAUUUCCACUAGGUGAGAGACAACUUGGUUUCUUCUUGAGAGGUCAGCCGUGUCUGUUGGCGCUGGCGGCAAAUCAGAAAUUUUGACCGUCUUCCAAAACCUUUCAGAUCAUCUGCUGUGGACGGUGUUCCAGGUGGAGCUGCCAGCGGUGGUUCAACAACAAUAGAGACUACUUCGGCGGUGACGGAGAACGGAUCUAUGCUCACGGUCAGUGCUCCUGGAACCCUGCUCCCGGCCUGAUGAAAAACCCGCGCAUGUUUGGCUGAUGAACGAGGAGGGCGUGUUCAACUGGGUUUAAUCCCUCCUGCUCCUGCUCCUGCUCCUGCUCCUCCUGGAGGGGGGGGUUGGGUUGUGUUGGGUCGGGAUUUUUACAUGCUUCUUUCUUUCCUUCUUUUUCGACUCUACGGCCACCCUGUUGACCCAUGGAAUGUCUAGCAGGGAUCCCCCGAGAGAGCUCCGCAGGAGGGAGACGGCGCCCAGAUUCUGGACAAACUCCAAGAGUUUUCCGACAGUUUUGCGCACUGGGUUGCUUAUGGGGGGAUUCUCUCCCGUUGUGUGUGA